AGCAUAGUUGAAUGCAACACACUGCCCGCUGUCAAAAAAAGCAGGAAGGAUGUUCCUUUUUUCAAUUGAUUAGCUAGCUAACAAAUUUUAAGAAAAAUAUACGAGACACCUGGUUUCUUUAGUUGUUAUGCUGAAAGAGGUACAUGGCAUGUUAUCACGGUGUACUACAGAGAAGAACAUUUCCACAGCAAAAUCUCACUAAUGCUUAUGAUAAGUCCCAGAAUGGCAACAGGAAUGCAAGAGAAACAGUACAGCCCAUCGUUGCUUAGUUUUUUCAUCUACAACCCUAAAUUUGGGCCCCGUGAGGGAGAGGAAGAGAAGAAAAUCCUCUUUUACCAUCCUAGCGAGGUUGAGAAGAACGAGAAAAUCCGCAAUGUGGGAUUAUGUGAAGCCAUCGUGCAGUUUACCAGAACCUUCUGUCCCUCGAAACCAGCCAAAUCCCUUCACACGCAGAAGAACAGGCAGUUCUUCUUUGAACCCGAAGAGAAUUUCUGGAUUGUGAUGGUGGUGCGAAACCCGAUGGUAGAGAAGGCAAACAAGGAGGGGAGACCAGCAGCGACGGAGUAUCAGGAAGAGGAGCUCUUGGAUAAUGUUUACGGCGCAGUACUGCAGCAGUGCUACAGUAUGUACAAGCUCUUUAAUGGCACCUUUGGCAGGGCGAUGGAGGCCGGAGCAGUGGAGCUCCUCACGCAGAAACUGGAGAAGUUCUUCUACAGGUAUCUCCAAACCCUACACCUUCAGUCUUGUGACCUCCUGGAUGUCUUUGGCGGGAUCAGUUUCUUCCCCUUAGACAAGAUGACCUACUUGAAGAUACAGUCCUUUGUGAACAGGGUGGAGGAGAGCUUGAGCCUGAUCAAGUAUACGACAUUCCUCUACAACGACCAGCUCAUCUGGAGCAGCCUGGAGCAAGAUGACAUGCGGAUCCUGUACAAGUAUCUGACCACCUCGCUGUUCCCCAGACACUCCGAGCCGGAGCUUGCAGGCAGGGACUCGCCGCUCAGACCAGAGGUGGCUGGGAACCUGCUGCACUAUGGGAGAUUUCUUACAGGACCCACAAAUCUGAAAGACCCUGAUGCGAAAUUCAGAUUUCCCAGAAUAUUUGUGAACAGCAGCGACGGCUACGAGGAGCUUCACUUGAUUGUUUAUAAGGCCAUGAGUGCUGCUGUCUGUUUCAUGAUCAGCGCUUCUGAAGAACUAGGCCGAGAGUUCUGCGAGCAGCUGGAUGGCCUGGUGGGACCCCAGCUCACACUACUGGCGUCAGACAUAUGCGAGCAGUACAACAUCAACCGCCGGAUAUCAGGGCCAGAGAAGGAACCGCAGUUCAAAUUCAUCUACUUCAACCACAUGAACCUGGCGGAGAAGAGCACCAUCCACAUGCGCAAAACUGCCAGCGUGUCGCUGACCUCCGUCCACCCUGACCUCAUGAAGAUCCUGGGGGACAUCCAUGCUGACUUUGUCAGGGUUGACGAGGAUGAAGAAAUUAUCGUAAAGGCAAUGACUGACUACUGGGUUGUUGGCAAGAAGUCCGAUCAGAGAGAGCUCUACGUGAUUUUGAAUCAGAAGAAUGCCAAUUUGAUUGAAGUGAAUGAGGAAGUGAAGAGAUUGUGCGCUACUCAAUUCAAUAACAUUUUCUUUUUGGAUUGAAAAGUGGCAGUGAUGUUGACCGAAGACUUGAAAAAGAUAUGGACUGUUUCUUCGACACUAUUUAUGUAACUGGCAGAUAUGCUGAGAAGACAGCAUAGUUUGUAAUGCAAUAAUUGCAUUGUAUAAGAAAAACACACCAUGCAAUUUUUAGAUUUUUAUUUAAUCAAUAAAUGGUAUUUCAUCCUUGUAAUUAACUGUAAUAUCAAAAAUGUACUCAAAUUUAUUUUUCAAUUGUAUAUAAAUAAUAUAUAUAUAUAAUGUUUAACUUGCAAUUAACUGUUCCUUUUCCUCCGUUUAGAUUUUUUUCAUCCAUUGAGGUUUAUUGUAAAAUUCAGUGGACAUGCACAAACUUUGUAUUUUUGUUUAUGGCCUUGAUUGUCUUGUGGUAAUUUACAACACCAUCAUCUCAAAAAUCUGUGGUUUGUAAACAGCCCAAAGUUGAAAUAAACCAUGAAAUUCUAAUUUU